UCUUUUACGUCAGUUCGAUCCGUAAGCUCCUACGGCUGAAACCGAGUUCCUCGAUAUGGGUUCCUUCGUUUCCCAGCCUUUGGAUUCCGCCAAGGUCGCUGCACCGCCUGAGGCUGCCUCCUCCGCCAAGCCCGCUCCCAUCUCUGCACCCGGAGUGGCGACCUCUCCAGUGCAAUCCCCUCUAUUUAAUAAUUGCUGGAGCUGUCGCGUGCUCUCCGGGUCGGGGCUGAUAGGGGCGGGCGGGUACGUGUACUGGGUGGCGCGGAAGCCCAUGAAGCUGGGAUACGCCCCCGGUCCAGGGACUAUUGCACAGAUGGUCUUCGGCAUCAGCAUGGCUUGUUGGGGUGUAGUCAUACUCUCAGACCCCAAAGGGAAGGCUUUCCGUGCUGGUUGAAAGUACCACCAGUGAAUUUGUCAUCUCUCCGUGUCCCCAUGACAUAGAGCAAACAUAGAGCAUAUGGAUAUUCUGGACAGAAACAUGGACAUUGACAGACUUCAGUCCUGCGGAUACUACAAGACUGAAAAGACAAACAUGGAUUGAUUGUCAUUCAUUGGUAGUGAUUGCUUGUGGCCUUCUUUGCAGAUUCCACAGGGAUCAAUAAAUCCCUCAGAGAAGAGAA